GCGCCGGGGCACUUAGCUCCUGGUUCUGGCCACGCACGGAAUUUUCACUUGGUUUCUGAGCUGUGCUCUUUUGUCGCGCUGUGACCCACAGCUGUUGAGGGACCCGAAGGGAAGACUUGGGAGAUCCGAAAGGCGGGAAAAUAGAAAUGGACUCCGUGGCCUUUGAGGAUGUGGCUGUCAAGUUCACCCAGAAGGAGUGGGCUUUGCUGGAUUCCUCACAGAAGAGACUCUACCGAGAUGUGAUGUGGGAAACCUUCAGGAAUCUGGUCUUUGUAGGGAAGAAAUGGAAAGACCUAAACAUUGAAGAUGAUGACAAAAGACAGGGAAGAAAUCCAAGGCACGUCCGAUCUCAGGCUGGGCACAGACCCUAUGAAUAUCAGGAACAUGGAGAGAAGCCAUAUAAAUGUAAAGAGUGUGGUAAAGGUUUCAGUUGUCGCAAGUUCUUUCGGGGCCAUGCAAGGACUCAUACUGCAAAGAAAGCCUUUGAGUGUAAACAGUGUGGCAAAGCCUACAGUUAUCGCCAUUGUCUUCAGAACCAUGAAAGUAUUCAUACUGGAGAGAAACCAUAUGAGUGUAAACAGUGUGGCAAAACUUUCAGAUUACUGGCUUUCUUUCGAACGCAUGAAAGAACUCAUACUGGAGAGAAACCCUAUAAAUGUAAUGAAUGUGGGAAAGCCUUCCUGUAUUACGAAACUUUUCAGGGACACAUGUACGUUCACACUGGAAGGAAAUCUUUUAAAUGUAAGGAAUGUGGGAAAGGCUUCGGUAGCAUUGGAGCCUAUCGGGGACACAGGAACAUCCACACUGGAGGGAAGCGCCACCAGUGUAAGCACUGUGGGAAACACUUCUCAUAUUACGCAAAAUUUAAGAGACAUGAAAGGAGUCACACUGGAGAGAAACCGUAUCAGUGUAAGCAGUGUGGUAAGUCCUUCAGUAUUUCCAUAGACUUCAGGUGCCAUGAAAAGAGUCAUACUACAGAAAAACCCUACAAAUGUUCAGAGUGUGGUAAAGAGUACAAAUAUCCACAGAGCUUUCGAUUGCAUAAGAAAACUCAUACUGGAAAGAAUCUUCACAAAUGCCAGGAAUGUGAGAAGUCCUUUGUUAGUCUCGCAGCCCUUCAAGUACACAGGAGAACACACACUGGAGAGCGACCAUAUGAAUGUAAGGAAUGUGGAAAGGGCUUCCUGACGAAAAGUCAGUGUCGCGUGCAUGAAAGAAUUCAUACCGGAGAGAAACCCUAUAAGUGCCAACAGUGUGGGAAAGCCUUCAGGUACUCCAGCUCCUUUAGGGUACAUGAAAGGAUCCACAGUGGGGAGAAGCCCUAUCAGUGUCAACUGUGUGGUAAAACCUGCAGCAGUUCAAAUGGAAUUCGGGCACAUGAGAAAACCCACACUAGAGAGAAGCCCUACGAGUGUAAGCAGUGUGGCAAGGCUUUCACCAACCCGUACACUCUUCGAGUGCAUGAAAGAACUCAUACUGGAGAGAAACCUUAUGAAUGUAAGCAGUGUGGGAAAGUCUUCACGUAUUCCAACUGUCUUAAACUGCAUAAAAACUCAGGCUGUAUAGAAGCCCUCUGAAUGUGAACCGUGUGGUAUGGCCACUGCAGAUGUUGCAGUUAUAUUUGAGUACAUGAGAGAAGUCACAGCAGAGGAAAAACCCUGUGGAUGUUAACAACGUAGGAAGGCCUUCAUUUAUUCUAGUGACAUUGGAGAACACGAAAUCACAGGACAGAAACUAGUGCAUGUAAGCUGGUGGUUAUGGCACAUGCCUGUAAUCUCAGCUACAUGGGAGAUUGAGGCAGGAGAAUUCCAAGUUCAAGGCUGGCCUGGGCGAUUUAGGGAGACCCUAUCAUGAAAUAAAAAAUGGACUGGAAAUAUAGUGCAGACAGGUAGAGUGGUUAUAGAGCAUGUGUAACACCCAGGGGUUAAUCCCCAGUAUUCCCCACCCCCAACAUAAAAGAAUAAAGGAAAACCUUAUGCAUAUAAACAACAUGGAAUAUCUAAGUACUUCAGGUUUGUUCAGUUGCACAAACAAAUUUAUCAUGGAAAGAAACUCUGAAAUAUGAGGAAUCUGGAAAAUCCACACAACCUUUGGAAGACACAUGAGCAUGCAUGUUAGAGAGGAACCCUUAAAGAAAAUGUUGAAACUUCUUCAAUCAUCAUGGUUUUCUUUUUUCUUUUUCUUUCUGGUACUGGGAAUUGUCCCCCAGGGUGCUCUGUCACUAUCUCCAGCCUUUUUAAAAUUUUAAAUUUUGGGGGUGGUGUCACUAUAUUGCCCAGGUGAUCUUGAACUUCUGAUUGACUUGCCUCAGCCUCCUGAGUUGCUGGAGCUACAGGUGUGCACCAUCACACCUGACUGAAAGUUUUCAACUUUAACAAUUAUUUCCAGUCAUUCAAUAAGUCCAACUGGACAAAAGUGCAGUAAAUGAAUUAUGGAAAGCCCAAUGCAACUCAUUUCAUAUAUAAUGCUUCAGAAAGUUCACAGCACGGUUAGUCUCAUAAAUGUUUCAAUACACUGUCUUUAUUUGUGGCUCAUUCUUUUUACCAUGAUUAAUUAUUAAAAUCUGCCAAAAAAGAGAAGGUAAUGUUAUCACGGCUUUGUAAGCAUGAUUUGGUAGUGUUGUCUUCGAUUUCCUAGUCACAUCCUUAGCUUAACUGGCACUGGAGACAUGCAGUUCUUUAAGUGGGUCAUGAAUAUCUUAGACAAACCUCAGGCUGGGUGCUCUGCUUUCCUGUACUCUCGCCUGGUUUUUCAAGUGUCCAGUUUGCAUGAAAGAGAUGCAGCCUCCCUGCCCCAUGUUAACGUAGCCUUAGGAAGGGUACUUGCAGAAAUCAAUCCUCCAGUGGUGCCUACGGAAUGGCCUGGGAGUUUUUAUAUUUGGGCACAUCCUGGUAAUCGCUGUACUCUGUGCUGCUGUCCAAGAGCGCUGACUGGCUGGAGUGGAGGCCGGGACUGGAUCAGAUCCUACCACGUGAAAUGCCUUCUGUAAUAGGACUCACACAUUCUACCGUUGAGCCUGGAAGUAAGUCUUCUAGGAUAGAAAAUGAACUGAGGAUCUGGAGAACAGGAAUCUGAUUACUUAGAAGUGGGUGAUCUUGUUUUUUUUGUCCUACUGAAAAUUGUUUUCAAUACUGGGAAUAGAACCUGGGCAUUCUAUCACUGAGCUACAUUCCCAGCCCUUUUAAUUUAGAGACGGUCUUGCUAAGUUGCACAGGCUGGCCUCAAACUUGGCCUUCUCCUGUCUCAGCUUCUUAAGUUGUUGCAACUGGAGGUGUGCAUUACCAUGCCCGGGCUGUCAAAACUCCUGAGACGCUUGUCAGUCCAACCGCUGACGCACUUCCGACCCUUCCUCUGAUUCCUGCCAAGAAAGCUCUAAGGUCUGCGGUCAGAGAGCUUCGGUUUCCCUUCGUGCUGUUUCUGUGAGCUGGAACUGACUGACGACGCCCAGCCCGGGGCAGUUAUGGUCACGUGAUGUCUCUUGGUGCUGGUGUGUUAAUACCACAUGACAAAACUGGAUGGCAUCUCUGCCUCCCUGGGGGAUGGAGCUGUUGUGCUGAUCACAUCAAAGCUGACGCCAAGCAUAGACGUGGGCUUGCCACCGAUAACAAGCUCACUUUCUGGCACAAGUGUCCUUUCAGGUUCAGAGAUGCACAUAAAGCAACGGCUCCAUCAAUCUUGUUCCCAAGAGGUUUUCACACAAGGCUGGACCAAAUCCAGUUGGAACGCUCCAGAAAUCUUGAAUCAUCCUUACGUUCCAGGGAUAAGUCUCGCUGUUAUGUUGUGUAAUCUUUUAAAUAUGCUUCUUGAUAUGCUGUACUCAUGCUUAUGUAAGAAUUUUUGAAUAAUAUUCAAAAGAG